AUGGCAACACUUUCAUCGCCAACAACAACUUAUUCCGGUCUUGUUUCAGAUACAUUAAUACGUAUUUAUAAUAAAUAUCAUUAUAAAAAUGAUAUUAAAUUCGCUAAAACAGCAUGUCAAGCAGCUAAAUUUCUUGACGAAUAUUUAUCACGUCAUGAACAAGCAAAAAAUAAUGAAAAUUCAGUAUUUUUGUGUCAUAUAUAUCAUAUGUUUGUUGAAUUUAUAUUUAAUACACUUGAAAUUGUAGAAAAAGAUUAUUAUACAACAAAUACACAUGAUCUUGAGAAUAUACAUUAUAAUAUUUUUACAAAUACACAUUUUAAUAAACAUUGUGGCUCAGAAAAAGGUCCUCAUGGUGAAACUUCAUUAUUUAUGAUAUCAUAUAUAGCACAAAAAAUAAAAUUUGAUUAUAAUAUUACAUUUGAAGAAUUUAAACGACAUGCUUGUCAUGUUGAUGCCUAUAUUGAAAAAAUGAUGACAUAUCUCAGAGAAAAACAUUUGACAGAUGAUCAACAAAAAAAUGGAGUGAAAUCUCAUAUUGACGAAACACCUUCUAUAAUUUAA